UUUUUCCCUGGAAUGUAAUUUGUGUAGGGUCUGGAUGCUAGAAAUGUGUGUUUAGUGCUCUUCUGGCUUCCACAUUUGAGGGAGUUACUUUUUUUACUUUAACCAAAUGAACAAUCUUUCGUAGAUCCUUGGUUCUAGGCGCUUCAGUUUCUUAUGUGCUUUACUGUUUUUCUUAGCUGGUUUGAAUCGUUGGAAGUAAACUUUGUGGUUGUUUUGCAGCUGGGGAAGUUGAAUCGGCUUGGGACUUACGAGCUAACCACAAGACACUGGAGGUGUAAUUUGAAGUUUUUUUAGCACGAAUGAUGCGUGAAAAAUGGAUUGGAGGCGUGCUUCUCCUUCUAGUUGGCAUGUUUACCAAUGUACUAGGUGCAUUCAUAGGGAUAAACAUUGGGACCGAUGUUUCGGACCUUCCAUCUGAGACAGAUACAGUAGCACUCCUUAAAGCCCAUCAAAUUACACAUGUGCGCCUCUACAAUGCUGAUGCUCACAUGCUGAAAGCCCUUUCAAACAGCAGAAUUGAAGUAAUGGUAGGUGUCACAAAUGAGGAAGUCCUAAGUGUUGGAGAGUCUUCAUCAGCAGCAGCUGCCUGGAUUAACAAAAAUGUUGCUGCUUAUUUGCCCUCAACCAAUAUUACCGCCAUUGCUGUUGGCAGUGAGGUCAUUACCUCAAUUCCUCAUGCUGCGCCAGUUUUGGUCGAUGCUAUGAACUACCUUCAUAAAGCCUUAGUUGCUUCAAACCUAAAUUUUCAGGUCAAAAUUUCAACUCCACAAUCCAUGGAUAUAAUCCCAAAGCCUUUCCCCCCGUCCACUGCCACCUUUAAUUACUCAUGGGGACACACCAUUUACCAAAUCCUUCAGUUUAUUAAAAACACAAAUUCCUAUUACAUGCUAAAUGCGUAUCCUUAUUAUGGUUACACCAAUGGGGAUGGAAUUUUCCCGCUUGAUUAUGCUCUUUUCCGACCACUUCCCUCUGUCAAGCAGAUUGUUGACCCGAACACUCUUUUCCACUAUAACAGCAUGUUUGAUGCUAUGGUGGACGCCACCUAUUAUUCUAUAGAGGAUUUCAAUUUCUCUGGGAUCUCUGUUGUUGUCACUGAGACUGGUUGGCCAUGGUUUGGUGGAUCCAAAGAGUCCGAUGCCAACACAGGAAAUGCUCAGACCUACACCAAUAAUUUGAUUCGACGAGUUUUAAAUGAUUCAGGUCCACCCAGCCAGCCAAAGUUGCCCAUCAACACGUACAUUUACGAGUUGUUCAACGAGGACAAGAGGCCUGGGCCAGUGUCAGAGAAAAACUGGGGUGUGCUAUAUACGAAUGGGUCUGCUGUGUAUCCCUUAAGUUUGAGUUCCAGUCAAAUUACUGGGAAUUCUUCAGGGGUUUUCUGCAUGGCGAAAGCUAAUGUAGAUCCAGAUAAGUUGCAGGAUGGCAUAAACUGGGCUUGUGGGCAAGGUGGGGCUAACUGCACUCCCAUUCAACGAGGGCAGCGGUGUUAUCUCCCCGAUACUAUUGUAAAUCAUGCUUCAUAUGCUUAUAAUGACUAUUAUCAAAAGAUGAAAAGUGCUGGCGGAACAUGUGACUUUGAUGACACUGCCAUAAUAUCUACUGUUGAUCCAAGCUAUGGCGCGUGUAAAUUUUCCGGAAGUUCUAAUUCAAGCAAAUUUGCGGGACUUACACCAGCAUCAGUUGCACCUUCAACUGCUGUUGGAGGCUGGAGUUCGAAUCUACAAGUUUCCAAUCUUCAAUAUCUCAUGCCGGCAGCAUUUCUUACAUUGCUAUUGCUUUGACUUGAGGUUGCAUCCAGAUUUCUUUACCGUGUAGCGUAGUUCACCACAUUCGACAUAUCAAACGGAUUGAAGAAGACCCGGGAGCUGUAUGGCAGCACAAGCUUGGUGACACAAUUGGAAACGUCCGUGCAUUGUUUCAUCAAUUUUGCCAAUGUUUCCUACUUCUGAGGUUGUCUCCUUCACCUCUGCAAAUUAUGGGGAGUUUUGUGUAGUUCGUUUUGCAGGCAUUUCUGAUGAAGUAGUGGCUAGACCUUGACUUUAUUGGACCAACUUAACUAGAACUUGAUUUGUACCUUAUCAACCAAAAAGUACUUCUAUCUUCCAAUUUACUUUUCAUUGUGUCGAA